UAAAUUACAGUGCAGGUCAUUUUCUAGCAAAGAACUAAUAAAGGGAGGGGGUGUUUGGGAUGUGUGAUGUGAAGAAAGAAAAAGGAAUAGGAAUAGGAGUAGGAGCUAUAAGGGUAUAAGGCUAUAGGGGGAGUGUGUGAGAGUAUCUUUAGGAGAGGUCAGCAAAACACACAACACAAGCACAGCCUGCUUUACUUCCUGUGCUAAACAACCUAACGUUAUUUUUAUGAGACUUCAGGUUGCGUGCAUUCUGCUCUAAUUCCGUUCCUGUUUUGUGUUCUAAGGGGAAUCUCUCUGGUUUUUAUCACCCUCUGUCUGUCUGUCUCUCUCUCUCUCUCUUUUAAUCUUUUUCAUUUUUGUUUUGCCUCUUCUCAAAUAUAACCUUCCUCUCUCCUUAAAAAGAGCAAAGACAUAGAGAGAGAGAGAACCCACUAAGCGUGCAAAUAAAAGACUUAAAGCAAACCAAAGUUAGAUUACAAUCCCAUGCUAUUAUAGCUCCCUCCACCUUUGCUUUUCGGGUGUUUUUUUUUUCCUCUCUUGGUGGGGUUUCCAUUGAGCUGUGAUAAUACUUACUUGGGUUCCUCCUCCUGCAACCUUAGCCUAUCCAACGUUUUGUACUCCCCAAAACCUUAAAACCUUUUAAGGUUUCAUUGUAGGUCCUUCUUCCUGUUAGUUUGCUUCAGAGUCUCCCACUUGUUGUAAGGAAUCCGUUUUUUCACAACUAAGGAUGUGGUUUUUCGUGGUUAUAAACUGUGGUUAGUCAUUGAGGAGUUGUCGAGUUUGUUUUGUUUUGUUUCUUGCAUAUAUAUAUUUGGUGAGCAAGGAGGAAACUUUCUUUCGAGUGUGAAGUAAUGAUGGAUGAAAGGUCAAGAAGCGAGGCAUCUCCUCAACUGUUGGAUUUGAUGAACAGAAGCGAAGGAAAGUGUUCAGAGGAGAGAAAGCUUGAACUGAGGCUAGGUCCACCCGGUGGUGAAGAAUGGUCUCACAGUGGUAAAAUGAAGAAAAGCAACACAGAAAGAGAAGAGUCUCUACUCUCUCUUGGAUGCUUCUCUCAUGCAAUACUAAAUGGUUUCCAAAGCAAGGAUACCACCCCUCCAUGGCCAAGCUACCACAACAAAGCUUCUUCGUUUCUUCAGUUCCCAUCAACCCCACCUGUGAUGGGAAAGGAAGCAUUAGCUUCACAGGCCUGUUGCCCUAAGGUGGUAGAGUUGCAGAAUAAUGAUACAAAAGUGUUCUCUCCCUCUUCUGCAAAUACAGCUGUGUCACAACCCAACACCUCUCAGAAAAGAACUGCUCCUGCUCCAGUGGUGGGGUGGCCCCCAAUUCGUUCCUUCAGGAAGAACCUUGCAAGCAGUUCUAACUCUAAGCCACCUCCUGAGUCAUCACAGCACAACGAGGUUGCUGGUAAAAAACCUGUUGACAACUAUGGUAAAGGCUUGUUUGUCAAGAUCAACAUGGAUGGAGUUCCAAUAGGGAGGAAAGUGGACCUCAAUGCUUACGACAGCUAUGAAAAUCUCUCUUCUGCCGUGGACGAGCUAUUCAGAGGCCUUCUUGCUGCUCAAAGAGAUUCCUCUGCUGGUGGAGCUCACAACAAGGUGGAGGAAGAGAAAGCGAUUACGGGUUUAUUGGAUGGAAAAGGGGAGUAUACUCUUGUUUAUGAGGAUAAUGAAGGAGACAGGAUGCUUGUUGGGGAUGUGCCAUGGCACAUGUUUGUAUCAACAGUGAAGAGGCUACGUGUGUUGAAGAGUUCUGAGCUUUCUGCUUUUACCCUUGGCAGUAAGCAAGAGAAGAUAGCACUUGAUUCGGCAAUGAAAUGAAGCGCAGUUUGAAGCUUUGUUUCCCUGCUGAAACUUGAACUUUUCGCUGGUGAAGAUCAUGGAAUGAAGCUAGCUGCAUACAUUACAACUAAGUAAUGUGAUGAAUGUUUUUUUUUUUUUUUAAUGAAGGUUUGAAAUGUUUAUGGGCUGUAUAAAUAGGGAAGGGAAACUUCACGGAUGUGUGUACUUAUGAUUUACUGUUGAGUAACCAUUAACUUUUGGUUUGUAUUUUGAAGCCCCUUUUUGUAGGUGGAUUUUUUUUCUUCCAAUGUCUCAAUAAUUCACAUCGACGUGGUAAAGAACCAAA